AUGAUUCGCGCAAGACGAACAAACACCGCAGCCCCGAUAGAAGACUCGUCCAACGCUCCAUCCACGUUCACUGAUGGCUUGCCACUGCCAAAACUGAUCGCCUUCGAUCUCGAUUACACACUCUGGCCGUUCUGGGUCGACACUCAUGUCACGCCCCCGAUCAAGGCAAAGGACAACAACUCCCGCUGUCUAGACAAAUGGAACGAAUCCUUUGCAUUCUACCCCGCCGUCUCCUCCAUAAUACACAGCUGCAAAUCGCGCUCAAUCCCGCUCGCACUCGCAUCGCGCACCCAUACUCCGGACCUCGCCAGGGACAUGCUGAAAGCACUGCACAUAAUUCCGAACUUCAGCGACAAGCCGUUGACGAACAAAGCCAAGACAACGAGGGCCCUUGACUACUUUGAGUACAUCCAGAUCUUCCCUGCGACGAAGACACAGCACUUUGCGCGGAUCCACCAAGCGAGCGGGAUUGCUUAUGAGGAUAUGCUGUUCUUUGACGAUGAAGCACGCAAUCGCAAUGUGGAGACAGAGCUGGGGGUGACGUUUAUGCUUGUUCGGGAUGGGAUGACAAGGGAAGAGGUUGAUAAGGGAGUCUGGGCUUGGAGGAAGACGAACGGGAUUAAGCGGACGGAAGAGGCAGACCAGGAGGUGAAGAAUUAG